AUGGCUGCGCCGAGCGAGAUCAUCAUUGACUACGAUGAUGUAGACUAUAAACAAGAAACCAAAGACUUCAUGCGAAACCUACCUCGCUACACCAAAGAUUACAUUGUCGGCUUGUUUCCCAUUUUACAUUGGAUUCAUCGCUAUAACCUAGUGUGGCUGAUUAGUGAUUUGAUUGCCGGUGUCACUGUUGGUAUCGUGGUCGUGCCUCAGAGUAUGGGCUAUGCCAAGAUUGCUGAACUCCCUCCUCAAUACGGCUUAUACACUGCAUUUGUUGGUCUUUGUGUUUACUGCCUUUUUGCCACAUCCAAAGACAUCUCUAUUGGUCCAACCGCUGUCAUGUCACUUUUGCUUGGACAAACGGUCACCAAAGUCACUUCAGAGUAUCCUGAUGUUACGGCCGAGCAAAUUGCUGUAGCAUUUUCCAUCAUGACGGGUGCUAUUGCCAUGUUUAUUGGCUUGGUGCGACUCGGCAUUCUUGUCGAUUUCAUUCCAGCACCAGCCAUCUCCGGAUUUAUGACAGGCUCUGCUAUCACGAUCAGCAUUGGUCAAUGGCCCAAGCUUUUUGGCAUCAAGGGCAUCAAUACCCAAGACUCAUCAUAUCUUAUUUUCGGCAACUUUUUCAAGAAUCUACCUAAUACCAAAGUCGAUGUUGCUUUUGGAUUGAUUGGGCUCUUAUGGCUCUAUGGUGUACGAUACGCAUGCGAGUACUUUGGCAAGCGAUACCCCAAAUACCGAAUGCAUCUUUUCUUUUUCAGCAUUAUGCGUAACGGCUUGGUCGUCAUUGUCAGCACCUUGAUUGCAUUCCUUAUCAACAUCGGCAGAGACACCAGCCCUAUCAGUAUCCUCAAAGAUGUACCUGCAGGUUUUCAAGCUAUGGCUGUACCUAAUAUCUCGCCAUCCUUACUUGGAGCUAUCAGCAGUCAAUUGCCAUCAGGUGUCAUUGUCUUGAUUCUUGAACACGUGGCCAUUGCCAAAUCAUUUGGACGCAUCAAUGAUUAUAGCAUUGACCCCAAUCAGGAAAUUAUUGCUAUCGGAUUUACCAACAUUUGGGCUUCGUUCUUUGGAGCGUAUCCAUCUACUGGUUCCUUCUCUCGUACAGCCAUCAAAUCACGAUCAGGCGUCAAGACACCUAUUGCUGGUAUCUUCUCUGGUGCCGUUGUGGUGCUCGCAUUGUAUGCUUUAACACCUGCAUUCUACUACAUUCCUGAUGCAACGCUUGCUGCUGUGGUUAUUCAUGCUGUAUCGGAUUUGGUAUCGGGUCCAAGCUACGUUAAGCGACUUGCCAAAGUGAGCUUAUGGGAGUUGCUAGUAUUUUUGGUGGCUGUUAUUGUCACAUUCUUUACGACUGUGGAUUAUGGUAUCUAUGGCUCUGUUGCAUUGUCUGCUGUCAUUCUUUUAUUCCGCAUUGCUCGUCCUCGUGUGGCAGCCCUUGGCCGUAUCCAAUUGACCAAGCAACAACAACCACAAGAGCCACAAGAAAAACUAUUGUCAGCACCAUCAUCAUCAUCCGAGCAUUUAUAUGUACCUACCAACCAUCCUACUCUUGGCAAAUUGGUCGAGUCCCUACCACGCGGCAUUAUCAUGUUCAGAGUCGAUGAAUCCAUGACAUACCCCAACUCUGGAUUUUUGGCUGAUCGUAUCAUUCGUCAUUGCAAGGAUCAUACACGUCGUGCUGGUCGUAUACCCACCAAAGCUGAGCGAGCAUGGAAUGAUGAUGCUAGUCCACAACGUGAUGCUGAACGUGCCAGCUUACCUCGAUUGCAUGCUAUCAUUCUUGAUUUUGGCGGAGUCAAUCGACUUGAUUCCAGUGGUUUGCAAGCUAUUGUGGAUGUACAAAAUACGCUCAAUCGAUAUGCCGAUCAACAUGUCGAAUUUCAUUUUGUCAAUGUUCCCAAUCCAUCGGUGCGUCGUUCCUUGAUUGUUGCUGGAUUUGGCACACAACCUCGAUCCAUCCAUGUCGAUGAUGCUUCAACAUCAGGUGAUCAUCAACAACAACAGCUCACGGGCCCAACCGAGAUUUUACCAGUGGUGCCAUCAUCCCGAGAUGGUCCUCAACAUGAACUUGAAGAAAGCAUUCGACGUCAACAAAAGCAUCAAAAACAAUUGGAUGAUCUCGAAUCGUUGGGUGGCUCUACCGAUAAGGAUGAAAAGCUUCAUGCAGCAGUGAUCACAUUACCCAAGGACAAGUAUCCAUUUUUCCACUGGAGUGCCGAUCAUGCUGUGCAAUCGGCGCUUGAGUCACUUGCCCAUCGUCCUGCAGAACCCGAUUACAAUAGCCAAGAAGAGGAGCAAGAGCAACAACAGUAG